GUACUAAUAUCAAUUGAUAACCCAAAACACAAAUCACACAAAGCAAACACAUCCCCAGAACUUUCUACUUUUUCUUCUCUUUGCUUUAGGGGUUUCGCCUCUCUUUCUCUGUAGACUGUAACAAUCUCUCGCCUCCUCUUGUUCCUUCUUCCUUUAUCUCUCUACAGUCCAUACUUCGGAUGUGUAUGCAUCUAUCGCCUCUCUCUCUCUCUCUCUCUCUCCUUUCUCAGGUUUCCUGUCUCUUUCUAUAUAUCUAUUCGUAUCUGAUCUGUUCGUUCUUAUUUUCUAUGUUUACAAGAUCGUGGCUCUGUUUGUUUUGGGGAUUUCUUUUCUGUUUAGUCUCCGAUUCUAAUUUUGUUUCUCUGUUUUUGUUUUGGUUGGGUGGGGUUUUGCUUUAUAGCAGUACUAGUUGAAAGUAGAGAAGACGAGGUGUGAUGGCAACGAUAAGAUCGAGCUUGCCGUCGAGGCUUCGGCAACUUUUGUCUGGUGAAAGUGUCAUUGGCCCCUCUAUAAAACUCGAUUCUGAGCCUCCUCCUAAAAUUAAAGCAUUCAUUGACAAGGUGAUACAGAGUCCAUUGCAAGAUAUAGCAAUACCACUUUCUGGCUUUCGCUGGGAGUACAGUAAGGGUAAUUUUCAUCAUUGGAGGCCAUUGUUUCUGCAUUUUGAUACUUACUUCAAGACAUACCUGUCUAGUAGGAAUGAACUUCUCCUGUCAGAUGAUGUUUCAGAAAAUGAUAGUCCAUUUCCAAAGCAUGCUGUCUUGCAAAUACUACGAGUGAUUCAGAUAAUUUUAGAGAAUUGCCAUAACAAAAGUUCAUUUGAUGGCAUAGAGCAUUUCAAGCUCCUGCUAGCAUCCACAGACCCUGAGGUUCUUAUAGCUACAUUGGAGACGCUUUCAGCACUUGUGAAAAUUAAUCCCUCUAAACUGCAUGGGAGUGGGAAAUUGAUUGGAUGUGGCUCAGUAAACAGCUAUCUCCUGUCCCUUGCACAGGGCUGGGGAAGCAAGGAGGAGGGCUUGGGCUUGUAUUCAUGUGUCAUUGCAAAUGAGAGAAGUCAAGAAGAAGGGUUGUGUUUAUUCCCAUCUGAAGUGGAAAAUGAUCAUGACAAGUCUCAAUGCAGGAUUGGUUCCACCCUGUAUUUUGAAUUGCAUAGUCUCAAUUCUGAAAAUAUGAGGGAUGGUAGUGGCAAUGCAAAUUCUUCUAGCUUGAAAGUCAUACACAUGACGGAUCUACAUUUACGGAAGGAAGAUGAUCUAUUAUUGAUGAAAAAGUGCAUUGAGCAGUAUAAUGUGCCUCUUGACCUUCAAUUUUCUUUGCUAACCAGAAUUAGAUAUGCUCGGGCUUUUCGUUCCCCCAGAGUUUGCAGGAUGUACAGCAGGAUUUGCCUCUUUGCAUUCAUUGUACUUGUUCAGUCUAGUGAUGCUAAUGAUGAACUGACAUCCUUUUUCGCUAAUGAGCCUGAGUAUACAAAUGAGUUGAUUAGGAUUGUGCGGUCAGAGGAAGCUGUUCCUGGAACCAUUAGAACUCUUGCAAUGCUUGCCUUAGGAGCUCAGUUAGCUGCUUAUUCAGCAUCCCAUGAGCGGGCACGAAUUUUGAGCGGGUCUAGUAUCAGUUUUGCUGUGGGGAACCGCAUGAUUCUACUGAAUGUGCUUCAGAGAGCUGUUUUAUCUUUGAAAAACUCCAAUGAUCCCUCUUCUCUUGCCUUUGUUGAAGCGCUUCUUCAGUUCUAUUUGCUCCAUAUUGUUUCAUCAUCAGCUUCAGGGAGUAAUGUUAGGGGUUCAGGAAUGGUUCCUACAUUCUUACCUCUUUUGGAAGAUUCAGAUCCUAACCACAUGCACCUUGUCUAUUUGGCUGUCAAAGCCUUACAAAAACUCAUGGAUUACAGUAGUUCAGCUGUGUCCCUGCUUAAGGAAUUAGGGGGAGUAGAGCUUUUGGCUCAGAGAUUACAGAUAGAAGUACAUAGAAUUAUUGGCUUGGCUGGGGAAGAUGAAAAUUCAAUGAUCAUUGGCGAAUUCUCAAGAUAUAAUGAUGAUCAUAUCUAUUCUCAGAAGAGGCUAAUCAAGGUUCUUUUGAAGGCACUUGGUUCUGCCACACAUGCUCCUUCAAAUAAUACCAGAUCCCUAAAUUCCCAUGACAGUUCUUUACCUUCUACUUUGUCGCUGAUAUAUGGGAAUGCAGACAAAUUUGGGGGUGACAUCUAUUACUCAGCUGUGACUGUUAUGAGUGAAAUUAUCCACAAGGACCCAACUUGUUUCCCUGCUUUGCAUGAAAUGGGUCUUCCAGAUGCAUUUUUAUCCUCGGUGGUAGUCGGGCUACUUCCUUCUUCUAAGGCUCUUACUUGUGUUCCAAAUGGUCUUGGUGCCAUAUGUCUUAAUGCCAAAGGCUUAGAGGCUGUGAAAGAAACUUCAGCAUUACGGUUUCUUGUUGACAUCUUCACCAGCAAGAAAUAUGUUUUAGCCAUGAAUGAAGCCAUUGUUCCUUUGGCAAAUGCUGUUGAAGAGCUUUUGCGUCAUGUAUCAUCAUUGAGAGGCACCGGUGUUGAUAUAAUUAUUGAAAUUGUUGAUAGAAUUGCUUCCUUCGGGGAUAAUAAUUCUGCAGGGCCAUCAGGGAAGGUUACUGAAAUGGAAAUGGAUUCUGGAGACAGGGAAAAUAAUGGGCAUUGCUGUUUAGUUGGUGGGGUUGAUUUGGGCACAGAAGGGAUCAGUAAUGAGCAGUUUAUUCAACUGUGCAUCUUUCAUUUGAUGGUUCUGCUUCACAGAACAAUGGAAAAUUCAGAAACAUGUCGCUUAUUUGUGGAGAAGUCGGGAAUUGAAACAUUAUUGAAGCUUCUAUUGCAGCCAAGUAUUGUCCAGUCAUCUGAAGGGAUGUCUAUUGCUUUACAUAGCGCAAUGGUUUUUAAGGGUCUUACUCAACACCACUCUGCACCUCUGGCACGUGCGUUCUGUUCUUCUCUUCGGGACCAUCUGAAGAAAGCUUUGACCGGUUUUGGUGCGAAUUCAGGUUCUUUUUUGCUGGACCCUAGGACAAAACCAGAUGGUGAAAUCUUUUCUUCGCUGUUCCUUGUUGAGUUUCUUCUGUUUCUUGCUGCGUCAAAAGAUAAUCGCUGGGUAACUGCACUUCUUACGGAAUUUGGAAAUGGUAGCAAAGAUGUUUUGGAGGAUAUUGGUCAUGUACAUCGUGAAGUUCUUUGGCAUAUUGCUUUGCUUGAAGAUGCAAAGCUUGAGAUUGAGAUAGAGGAGGACGGUACUGGUUCUGGUUCGGAGUUGCAACAGUCUGAACUGAAUGCAAAUGAAACUGAAGAGCAAAGAUUUAAUUCUUUUAGGCAAUUCCUUGAUCCAUUACUGAGGAGGAGGACAUCAGGCUGGAGUAUUGAAUCUCAGGUUUUUGACCUUAUAAACCUUUACCGUGAUCUUGGACGCGCUACUGGAUUUCCACAAAGAUUAAGCACUGUUGGUCCUUCAAGCCGCUUACGAUCCAUUCACCAAUCACAUCAUUCUGAAACUUCAGAUGCUACUGGGGCUACCAGUAAAAAGGAAUAUGACAAGCAGAGAUCCUAUUAUACUUCUUGCUGUGACAUGGUGAGGUCACUGUCUUUUCAUAUUAUGCAUUUGUUUCAGGAGUUGGGGAAGGCAAUGUUACUUCCUUCUCGACGGCGGGAUGAUACUGUGAAUGUUUCCCCUUCUUCUAAAGUUGUGGCUGGAACUUUUGCAUCCAUUUCUCUGGAUCACAUGAAUUUUGGCGGUCAUGCUUGUCCUCCUGGAUCAGAGGUAUCUAUAUCAACAAAGUGUCGUUACUUUCACAAGGUUAUUGAUUUCAUUGAUGGCAUUCUACUGGACAGGCCAGAUUCUUGUAAUCCAAUAUUGGUAAAUUGCUUAUAUGGACAUGGAGUGGUUCAAUCAGUUUUGACCACAUUUGAAGCUACCAGUCAAUUGCUCUUUGCAGUUAAUAGGGCCCCUGCAUCCCCCAUGGAGACUGAUGAUUGGAAUGUCAAACAGGAUGAUAAGGAAGAUGCAGAUCAUUCCUGGAUAUAUGGUCCCUUAGCUAGCUAUGGUAAACUUAUGGAUCAUCUGGUGACAUCAUCAUUUAUUUUGUCUCCAUUUACAAAGCACUUACUUGCACAACCUUUGGCAAAUGGAGCCUCACCUUUUCCUCGGGAUGCUGAGACAUUUGUUAAAGUGCUUCAGUCUAUGGUGCUGAAGGCAGUGCUUCCUGUUUGGACUCACCCUCAGUUAACCGAUUGCAGUAAUGAUUUCAUUAGUACCGUUAUUUCUAUCAUUGGACAUGUUUAUUCCGGGGUGGAAGUGAAAAAUGUGAGUAGCAACAGCAAUGCUCGUAUUACUGGUCCCCCCCCAAAUGAAUCAACUAUUUCAACCAUUGUGGAGAUGGGUUUUUCCAGGUCAAGGGCAGAAGAGGCUCUAAGGCAAGUUGGAUCUAAUAGUGUGGAAUUGGCAAUGGAGUGGUUAUUUUCCCACCCUGAGGAAACUCAAGAAGAUGAUGAGCUUGCUCGUGCACUUGCCAUGUCUCUGGGGAACUCAGAAUCAGAUAUAAAGGAAGAGGAUGCAAAUGCCAAUGGUCAACAGCUUGAGGAAGAGAUUGCCCAACUUCCUCCAGUUGAUGAGUUGUUAUCAACAUGCAUAAAGCUUUUGCAAGUGAAGGAGCCUCUUGCUUUCCCAGUUCAUGAUCUUCUUCUGUUGAUCUGCACCCAAAGUGAUGGCCAAUAUAGGUCUAGUGUCAUCUCAUUUAUUCUUGACCAAGUGAAGGAUCGAAACCUGACUUCCGAUGGCAGAAAUAGUACCAUGUUAUCUGCUCUUUUUCAUGUCUUUGCCUUGAUUCUUCAUGAAGAUGAACUGGCACGAGAAAUUGCUUUAAAGAAUGGCCUGGUUAAAAUUGUGUCUGAUUUACUUUCACGAUGGGAUUCUGCUUUGGUGGACAAAGAGAAGCGUCAGGUUCCCAAAUGGGUAACAACUGCUUUUCUUGCUGUUGAUCGCCUACUUCAGGUGGAUCAGAAACUGAAUUCUGAAAUUGUUGAGCGGUUGAAAAGGGAUGAUUUGAGCAGUCAGCAAACCUCAAUCAAUAUUGAUGAGGACAAGCAAAACAGAUUGCAGUCUGCACUGAGAUCACCUACAGAGCAAAUAGAGGCAGAAGAGCAGAAGAGACUUAUUCAGAUUGCUUGCCAUUGUAUCAAGAACCAGCUUCCAUCUGAGACGAUGCAUGCUGUUCUGCAGUUAUGUUCCUCUCUCACCAGAAAGCAUUCUAUUGCUGUUUGCUUUCUGGAAGCUGAGGGUGUAAGUUCGCUACUGAAUUUGCCAACAAGUAGCCUUUUUCCUGGAUUUGACAAUAUUGCUGCUACUAUAAUCCGCCAUGUCCUUGAAGAUCCCCAAACCCUUCAGCAAGCAAUGGAAUCUGAGAUAAAGCACAGCCUUGUGGCUGCUGCUAAUAGGCAUUCAAAUGGAAGGGUCACUCCACGCAAUUUCCUUUUAAUUUUAAGCUCUGUAAUAUCCAGGGAUCCAAUGAUUUUUAUGCAGGCUGCACAAUCUGUUUGCCAAGUUGAGAUGGUAGGUGAAAGGCCUUACAUUGUGUUGCUGAAGGAUCGUGAGAAAGAUAAAAGCAAAGAGAAAGAAAAGGAGAAGGACAAAGCAUUGGAAAAAGAUAAAUCACACACAACUGAUGGCAAGGCUACUUGGGGUAAUGCGAACACACUUGCACCAGGGAAUGUGUAUGGAAAACUUCAUGAUUUGAAUUCCAAGAGUGCUAAAGUACAUCGGAAAUCUCCUCAGAGCUUUAUAACUGUGAUUGAGCUUCUUUUGGAUGUAGUUAUUAGCUUUGUGCCUCCCUCAAAAGAUGAUGCGGUGAUAGAUGUGCCACAGGAUGUGCCAUCAUCAACUGACAUGGAUGUUGAUGUUGCUGCAAUCAAGGGGAAAGGAAAGGCCAUAGUCACUGUUCCUGAGGAGAAUGCAGCCAGUAGCCAGGAAGCUUCUGCAUUGCUUGCAAAGGUUGUAUUUAUUCUGAAGCUUUUGACAGAGAUUGUGUUAAUGUAUUCUUCAUCUGUUCAUGUGCUACUGAGAAGAGACGCAGAAGUUAGUAGUUGCAGGGCUCCUCAUCAAAAGGGCUCUUCUGGUUUGUGCACUGGGGGAAUAUUUAACCAUAUUCUUGACAAGUUUAUUCCUUAUUCUCGAAAUUUGAAAAAAGAAAAGAAAUUAGAUGGUGACUGGAGACAUAAACUGGCAACCAGGGCAGGCCAGUUUUUGGUGGCAUCUUGUGUUCGCUCAACUGAGGCAAGAAAGAGGGUGUUUACAGAGAUCAGUUACAUUUUCAGCGACUUUGUUGAUUCAUGCAAUGGCUUUAGGCCACCAACUAAUGAUAUACAUACGUAUAUUGAUCUUCUCAAUGAUGUACUGGCUGCCCGUACACCUACUGGUUCUUACGUCUCCCCGGAAGCUUCUGCCACUUUUAUAGAUGUUGGUCUGGUUAAGUCCUUGACUCGAACCCUUGAAGUGUUGGAUCUGGAUCAUAUUGACUCGCCUAAAGUUGUAACUGGGCUUAUCAAAGCUCUGGAGUUGGUGACAAAAGAACAUGUUAACACCGCUGAUUCUAAUACUGGGAAGAAUGAGAAUUCAACAAAACCUCCUGUUCAGAAUCCAUUAGGGAGAGCAGAGAAUAUUGUUGAUAUGUCCCAGUCCACAGAAAUUGUGCCUCAAUCCAACCAUGAUUCUGUGUCAGCUGACCAUGUUGAGUCAUUUAAUGGUGUGCAAAACUUUGGUCCAUCUGAAGCUGUUGCAGAUGAUAUGGAGCACGAUCAAGAUCUUGAUGGUGGUUUUGCCCCUGCUAAUGAGGAUGACUAUAUGCAGGAAACUUCUGAGGACACAAGGGAUCUUGAAAAUGGCAUGGAUACUGUUGGUAUACAAUUUGAAAUCCAGCCUCAUGGGCAAGAAACUCUUGAUGAAGAUGAAGAUGAGGAGAUGUCUGGCGAUGAUGGGGACGAGGUGGACGAGGAUGAGGAUGAUGAUGAUGAUGACGACGACGACGAUGAUGAAGAUGAUGAGGAGCAUAAUGAUCUGGAAGAGGAUGAAGUGCAUCACUUGCCCCAUACUGACACUGACCAAGAUGAUCAUGAUAUUGAUGAUGAUGAGUUUGAAGAAGAAUUGUUGGAGGAAGAUGAUGAAGAUGAGGAGGAAGAUGAGGACGGGGUGAUACUUCGGCUGGAGGAGGGCAUCAAUGGGAUAAAUGUUUUGGAUCAUAUUGAAGUUUUUGGUAGGGAUCAUAGUUUCCCCAAUGAAACUCUUCAUGUGAUGCCAGUUGAAGUUUUUGGUUCUAGACGUCAGGGCCGAACUACAUCCAUUUACAAUCUUCUUGGUAGAAGUGGUGACAGUGCUGUCCCCUUGCGCCAUCCCCUUCUAGUUGGACCUUCUGCAUCACACUCGGCCUCUGGCAGACAAUCAGAUAGGAACUUGGAGAAUACUUCAUCUCAGCUGGAUAGUAUCUUCCGAUCCCUAAGAAAUGGGCGUCAUGGACACCGUUUGAACUUGUGGAGUGAUGAUAACCAGCAAAGUGGUGGUUCUAGUGCAUCUGUACCACAGGGCCUUGAGGAGUUGCUUGUUUCUCAGUUGAGGCAACCAGUUUCUGAGAAGUCUUCUGAUCAGAAUACAUCAACAGCAGAACCUAAAAUCAAUGGUGAGGUUGGCCAGUUACCUGGACCAGAUGCAGUACAGCCUGAUACACCCGUUGAAAACAAUGUGAACAAUGGGAGCAGCAAUGUGCCUCCUCCCUCUUCUGUAGCAGUGGGCAGAUCUGUCAAUAUUGAGAUGAGACCAGUAACAAGUGAUUCUCACUUGCAGUCUGUUGAAAUGCAGUUUGAACAGAAUGAUGCUGCUGUCCGAGAUGUUGAAGCAGUUAGCCAGGAAAGUAGUGGUAGUGGGGCAACUCUAGGGGAAAGCCUUCGUAGCCUAGAUGUUGAAAUUGGAAGUGCUGAUGGUCAUGAUGAUGGUGGAGAAAGGCAAGGUUCAACAGAUAGAAUGCAUUUGGAUUCACAGGCAACUCGGACGAGAAGAACAAAUCUUUCUUUGGGGAAUUCCACAGCUGUAAGUGGGAGAGAUGCAUCACUUCAUAGUGUCACUGAAGUUUCAGAAAAUUCAAGCAGAGAAGCAGAACAAGAAGGUCCAGCAGUGGAACAGCAAAGUGGUGGUGAGACUGGUUCUGGAUCAAUCGAUCCAGCAUUCUUGGAUGCCCUUCCUGAGGAGUUGCGAGCUGAAGUUCUUUCUGCUCAACAGGGUCAAGUGGCCCAACCUUCAAAUGCUGAACCACAAAACACUGGGGAUAUUGAUCCAGAAUUCCUUGCAGCUCUUCCUCCAGACAUUCGAGCAGAGGUUUUAGCACAACAGCAAGCACAGAGGCUUCAUCAAUCUCAUGAACUGGAAGGUCAACCAGUUGAAAUGGACACAGUCUCUAUAAUUGCAACAUUUCCAUCAGAUUUGCGUGAAGAGGUUCUCCUAACAUCGUCCGAUGCUAUACUUGCUAAUCUAACACCUGCUCUUGUUGCGGAGGCUAACAUGUUACGUGAAAGAUUUGCACAUCGUUAUCAUAAUCGUACGCUCUUUGGUAUGUAUCCCAGAAGUCGCAGGGGUGAGUCUUCUAGGCGAGGUGAAGGUAUUGGAUACAGCCUGGAGAGAGCUGGGACUGCCUCACGCAGGUCUAUCACUGCUAAGCUUGUUGAAGCUGAUGGAUCUCCUUUGGUUGAGACGGAAUCGCUUCAAGCAAUGAUACGGGUGCUACGCAUUGUUCAGCCAUUAUAUAAAGGUCCUUUGCAGAGGCUUCUUUUGAAUUUAUGUGCUCAUGGUGAAACAAGAACUGCUCUUGUAAAGAUCCUUAUGGACAUGUUGAUGGUUGAUACAAGGCCUGCCAAUUAUUUAAAUGCUGCUGUGCCAUCAUAUAGGCUCUAUGCUUGCCAGAGCAAUGUGAUGUAUUCUCGUCCACAAUCUUUUGAUGGGGUCCCACCCUUGGUAUCUCGGCGUGUCCUUGAGAUGCUGACUUACUUGGCUCGAAAUCAUCCCUAUGUGGCAAAAAUUUUGCUGCAGUUUAGGCUCCCUCUCCCUGCACUACAGCAGCAUGAGAGCUCUGAUCGAUCACGUGGUAAAGCUGUGAUGAUAGUGGAAGAGUAUGAAACAGAUGCAAAACAGUGUCAGGAAGGAUAUGUAUCCAUCGCCUUGCUUUUGAGCCUCUUGAACCAACCUCUUUAUUCAAGAAGCAUAGCACAUCUUGAGCAGCUGCUUAACUUAUUGGAGGUAAUCAUUGACAGUGCUGAAUGCAAGCCAAGUUUAUCAGAUAAAUCUGGGGAUGGUACCGAACAACCAUCUGCUCCCCAGAAUUUCGCGUCAGAUGCUAAAACAAAUGUGGAAGUUGGCAGUGCUUCUGAUUCAUCGUCCACAGCCAUUGAUUCCUCUAAAUCCACAACUCCUGGUACAAAUAAUGAAUGUGAUGCUCAAAGUGUUCUAUUGAACCUGCCACAAGCAGAACUUCGACUUCUCUGCUCAUUUCUGGCACGAGAAGGUUUGUCAGAUAAUGCAUAUACUCUUGUAGCGGAGGUAAUGAAGAAGCUGGUGGUAAUUGCCCCAACUCAUUGUCAUCUGUUUAUUAAUGAGCUAGCAGAUGCUGUACAGAAUCUUACUAAAUCUGCUAUGAACGAGCUACGCCUGUUUGGUGAAGAAGUGAAAGCACUCCUUAGGACAACUUCUUCUGAUGGAGCUGCUAUUUUGAGGGUUCUGCAGGCAUUAAGCUCUCUUGUUGCCUCACUAGUUGAGAAAGAAAAGGACCAACAGAUUCUUCCAGAGAAGGAGCAAAGUGCAGCUCUUUCUCAGUUGUGCGACAUCAAUGGAGCUUUAGAGCCUUUGUGGCUGGGGCUGAGCACUUGCAUUAGCAAGAUAGAGAGCUACUCAGAUUCUGUACCUGAUUUGCUACUUCCUAGAACUUCCACAUCAAAACCAUCCGGUGUAACACCUCCUCUGCCUGCAGGCUCUCAGAACAUCUUACCAUACAUCGAGUCCUUCUUUGUAAUGUGUGAAAAGUUGCAUACUGCACAGUCAGGUUCCAGUCAUGACUAUGGUGCAGUUUCUGAAGUUGAAGAUGUGAGCACAUCUGCUGCCCAUCAGAAAAUCUCAGCCCCUGUUUCGAAAGUUGAUGAAAAACACAUUGCAUUUGUUAAAUUUUCUGAGAAACAUAGGAAGCUCCUUAAUGCUUUCAUCCGCCAAAAUCCUGGGUUGCUUGAGAAGUCCUUCUCACUCAUGCUGAAGGUUCCCCGUUUUGUUGAUUUUGACAACAAAAGAUCUCACUUUAGAUCAAAAAUAAAGCAUCAGCAUGAUCACCAUCAAAGUCCUUUGAGAAUUUCUGUAAGAAGAGCUUACAUUCUCGAAGAUUCAUAUAACCAACUACGCAUGAGGUCAAACCAAGAUUUGAAAGGGAGGCUGACUGUCCAUUUUCAAGGAGAGGAAGGUAUUGAUGCUGGCGGACUUACAAGGGAAUGGUAUCAGUUGUUGUCCAGGGUUAUUUUUGACAAGGGAGCACUGCUUUUUACAACAGUGGGAAAUGAAUCUACUUUUCAGCCAAACCCCAACUCUGUUUACCAAACAGAACAUUUGUCAUACUUCAAAUUUGUUGGGAGAGUUGUGGGGAAAGCACUUUUUGAUGGGCAACUGUUGGACGUUCAUUUCACUAGAUCUUUCUACAAGCAUAUUUUAGGAGUUAAAGUUACAUAUCACGACAUUGAAGCUAUUGAUCCCCAUUACUUUAAAAACCUUAAGUGGAUGCUUGAGAAUGAUAUAAGCGAUGUUCUGGACCUUACUUUCAGUAUCGAUGCUGAUGAGGAGAAGCGUAUACUGUAUGAACGGACUGAAGUAACAGAUUAUGAACUGAUUCCUGGUGGACGUAACAUCAAAGUUACCGAGGAAAACAAGCACCAAUAUGUUGAUUUAGUUGCGGAGCAUCGGUUGACAACUGCUAUUCGUCCUCAAAUAAAUGCCUUUAUGGAGGGAUUCAAUGAAUUAAUUCCUAGGGAAUUGAUAUCUAUUUUUAAUGACAAGGAAUUAGAAUUGUUGAUAAGUGGACUUCCAGAUAUUGAUUUGGAUGACAUGAGGGCAAACACCGAGUAUUCUGGAUAUAGCGCUGCAUCCCCUGUCAUACAGUGGUUUUGGGAGGUUGUUCAAGGGUUCAGCAAGGAGGAUAAGGCUCGCCUUCUACAGUUUGUGACAGGCACCUCCAAGGUGCCUUUAGAAGGCUUCAGUGCACUUCAAGGAAUCUCAGGUUCCCAAAAGUUCCAAAUACACAAGGCAUAUGGAAGCCCUGAUCACUUGCCUUCGGCUCAUACUUGUUUCAAUCAGUUGGAUUUACCAGAGUAUCCUUCCAAACAACAUCUAGAAGAGAGAUUGCUGCUUGCCAUUCAUGAAGCCAAUGAAGGGUUUGGUUUUGGUUGAUUUUGGUGGGUCAUAAGGGAAUGGUUAUGUAAAUAAUAUACACAUCACAGGGUAUCAUGCUUUGACAAUCUGAUUUGUUAAUAUAUUGUACAGCCCAAUAUUGGAUAUGGGAAAUGCUUCUGGCAGUUUUUAAA